AGAGUUAGGAGCUGCUCCAUUUCCUCCUGGCUUAAAGAGCUCAGCCCGCAAACCUGGGCGAGGGAGCGUCGAGCAGUAGCGUCCAGGAUGCUCCGAGGGGCGGAUUUCGGAAGCGGACCUGAGGAUUACUGAGGAGCAGCCGGGCGGGAGAGCGGGGGCUGCUCUGCGUCCCUCCGGGGAGAGCCAUGGGUUGCAGCCUACCCCCUCCGGAGGCGGCACUUCGGCACUUCCAGCCGGUGGCACGGCACCCAGCCUCCUUAACCCUGCUCUGCCCGUCCCCGCCGUCUUCCUCACGGGGCUCCACGCUUUAGAAUGGCUGCCCUCUUUUCUCCAGGCUCAGGUGCAGGGAGGGCUCUCCGAGGCUGAGCUUGGAAGGGUCCGCCCGCCUCCCCCGGACCGCGGGCUCCUGGAUGGUCUCCCUGCCUCUGGCCGGCGCCUUCUUCGUCCCUGGGCUCGGCUGUGGGGGCCCGGAGGAUUUCCCCCGCUCUUUUCUUCCGAGGGAGGAUUGUUCUGAGAAGGGUCCUUAAUGCAUUAUGGCUCACGCGGCGUCGCAGCUCAAGAAGAACCGAGAUUUAGAACUUAACCCCGAAGAGGAGAAUGAGAAAAAGAGGAAGCACAGGAAGAGGUCCAAGGAUAGGAAGAAAAAGUCUGACACCAAUGCAAGCUACCUACGAGCAGCCCGAGCAGGCAACUUGGAAAAAGCUCUUGACUACUUAAAGAAUGGAGUGGACAUCAACAUUUGUAAUCAGAAUGGGCUGAAUGCUCUCCAUCUCGCUUCCAAAGAAGGCCACGUAGAAGUUGUGUCAGAGCUGAUCCAGAGAGGCGCCAAUGUGGAUGCAGCAACCAAGAAAGGAAACACAGCUUUGCACAUUGCAUCCUUGGCUGGGCAGACCGAGGUGGUGAAGGUGCUGGUGACAAAUGGGGCCAACGUCAAUGCACAGUCGCAGAAUGGCUUCACACCACUGUACAUGGCAGCCCAAGAAAAUCAUUUGGAAGUGGUUAAGUUUCUUCUUGAUAAUGGAGCUAGCCAGAGCCUCGCCACUGAGGACGGCUUCACCCCGUUGGCAGUGGCUCUCCAGCAGGGCCAUGACCAGGUGGUCUCCUUGUUGCUCGAAAACGACACGAAGGGCAAAGUCCGGCUCCCUGCGCUCCACAUCGCUGCACGCAAGGAUGACACCAAGGCGGCUGCUUUGCUACUGCAGAACGAUCACAAUGCCGAUGUGGAGUCCAAGAGUGGCUUCACUCCUCUGCACAUAGCUGCUCACUACGGGAACAUCAACGUAGCUACGCUUCUAUUAAACCGUGGGGCAGCUGUGGACUUUACUGCCAGGAAUGACAUCACUCCCCUCCAUGUAGCAUCCAAAAGAGGGAACACCAACAUGGUAAAGCUGUUACUUGACAGAGGAGCCAAAAUUGAUGCCAAAACAAGGGAUGGCCUGACGCCUCUGCAUUGUGGAGCCCGAAGUGGCCACGAACAAGUGGUGCGGAUGCUGCUCGACCGCGGAGCCCCUCUUCUUUCCAAAACGAAGAAUGGCUUGUCUCCAUUGCAUAUGGCGACCCAAGGGGACCAUCUCAACUGCGUUCAGCUCCUGAUUGAGCACCACGUACCGGUGGAUGAUGUGACCAAUGAUUACCUGACCGCACUUCAUGUAGCCGCUCACUGUGGCCAUUACAAGGUUGCCAAGGUUUUGUUGGACAAGAAGGCAAAUCCUAAUGCCAAAGCACUGAACGGUUUCACGCCUCUCCACAUUGCCUGCAAAAAGAACCGAAUUAAAGUAAUGGAACUUCUGCUGAAACACGGAGCCUCCAUUCAAGCUGUCACCGAGUCGGGUUUGACUCCGAUCCAUGUGGCUGCCUUCAUGGGACAUGUAAAUAUUGUUUCACAGCUGAUGCACCACGGAGCUUCUCCCAACACAACCAAUGUGAGGGGCGAGACAGCCCUACAUAUGGCUGCCAGAGCCGGCCAGUCAGAAGUGGUUCGGUCCUUAGUUCAAAAUGGAGCUCAGGUGGAAGCUAAAGCCAAGGAUGACCAAACGCCACUGCACAUUUCUGCGCGUCUGGGCAAAGCCGAUAUAGUCCAGCAGCUGUUACAACAAGGAGCCUCUGGAAAUGCUGCCACAACAUCCGGCUAUACCCCAUUGCACCUUUCAGCACGAGAAGGACAUGAAGAUGUGGCGUCCGUCCUUUUGGACCAUGGGGCCUCCUUGAGUAUCAUUACCAAGAAAGGAUUUACCCCUCUACAUGUGGCAGCCAAAUAUGGCAAAAUAGAAGUUGCCAACCUCCUACUUCAGAAAAACGCUUCUCCAGAUGCGGCUGGAAAGAGUGGUUUAACUCCACUGCAUGUUGCGGCACAUUACGAUAAUCAGAAAGUGGCACUUCUCCUUUUGGACCAAGGAGCUUCUCCUCACGCCUCUGCAAAGAACGGUUACACUCCGCUGCACAUUGCUGCCAAGAAGAACCAGAUGGACAUAGCAACCACAUUGCUGGAAUACGGUGCUGAUGCCAAUGCUGUGACCAGACAAGGCAUUGCUCCCGUGCAUCUGGCUUCCCAAGAGGGCCACAUGGACAUGGUCUCCUUGCUUCUCACCAGAAAUGCCAACGUGAACCUCAGCAACAAGAGUGGCCUGACUCCACUGCACUUGGCAGCCCAGGAGGACAGAAUCAACGUGGCAGAGGUGCUGGUCAACCAAGGAGCUGUGGUGGAUGCACCCACGAAGAUGGGCUACACUCCAUUACACAUCGGGUGCCACUAUGGAAACAUAAAGAUAGUUAAUUUCCUCCUGCAGCAAUUUGCAAAAGUGAAUGCCAAAACCAAGAACGGCUACACCCCCCUGCACCAAGCUGCUCAGCAAGGACACACCCACAUCAUCAAUGUCCUGCUGCAGAACGGUGCAUCCCCCAACGAGCUCACUGUGAAUGGGAACACUGCCCUGGCCAUUGCCAAACGACUGGGCUACAUUUCUGUCGUCGACACACUGAAAAUAGUGACGGAAGAGACAAUGACGACAAUUACGGUUACAGAAAAACAUAAAAUGAAUGUUCCAGAAACCAUGAAUGAAGUUUUGGACAUGUCGGAUGAUGAAGCAUGUAAAGCGAAUGCCCCUGAAAUUCUCAGUGAAGGUGAAUAUAUUUCAGACGCUGAAGAAGGUGAAGAUGCAAUGACAGGUGACACGGACAAGUAUCUCGGACCCCAGGAUCUCAAAGAAUUAGGGGACGAUUCUCUGCCUGCCGAAGGCUACGUGGGCUUCAGUCUGGGAGCCCGGUCUGCCAGCCUCCGCUCCUUCAGUUCGGAUAGGUCCUACACCUUGAAUAGAAGCUCUUACACCCGGGACAGCGUGAUGAUCGAAGAACUUCUGGUGCCACCAAAGGACACGCCCCCGACAUUACCUAGAGAAGUGGACUCGGAUUCCCUCCGUCAUUACAGCUGGGCUGCAGAAACCUUGGAUAAUGUUAAUCUUGUGUCUAGUCCUAUUCACUCAGGUUUUCUGGUCAGCUUUAUGGUGGAUGCCCGGGGGGGCUCCAUGCGUGGCAGCCGCCACCACGGCAUGAGGAUCAUCAUCCCGCCACGCAAGUGCACGGCUCCCACCCGCAUCACUUGCCGCUUGGUGAAGAGAGCCAAGCUGGCCAGCCCCCCACCAAUGGUUGAAGGAGAAGGAUUAGCCAGCCGGCUGAUUGAGAUGGGUCCUUCUGGGGCACAGUUCCUGGGUCCGGUUGUGGUGGAAAUCCCACAUUUCGGAUCGAUGCGAGGAAAGGAACGAGAGCUGAUCGUGCUGCGGAGUGAAAAUGGGGAAACCUGGAAAGAGCAUCAGUACGAUAGCAAGCACGAGACCCUCCUGGAGGUCCUGAAUGGCAUGAAUGAAGAGCUGGACAGUGUGGAAGAGCUGGAGAAGAAGCGGAUCUGCAGAAUCGUCACCAAGGACUUCCCUCAGUAUUUUGCGGUGGUUUCGCGAAUUAAGCAAGAGAGCAACCAGAUUGGGCCGGAAGGAGGAAUCCUAAGCAGCACGACUCUGCCUCGGGUCCAAGCUGCGUUCCCUGAAGGCGCAUUGACGAAAAGGAUUCGAGUGGGCCUCCAGGCUCAACCAGUGCAGGACGAAAUGGUUAAGAAGAUCCUUGGCAACAAAGCCACCUUCAGUCCCAUUGUCACCGUAGAGCCCAGAAGAAGGAAAUUCCAUAAGCCCAUCACAAUGACGAUUCCAGUGCCGCCGCCCUCUGGGGAAGGAGUGACCAAUGGGUACAAAGGCGACACAACACCCAGCCUUCGACUGCUGUGUAGCAUCACAGGAGGCACUUCACCAGCACAGUGGGAAGACAUCACAGGAACCACCCCUCUCACGUUUGUGAAUGAUUGUGUCUCCUUCACAACCAAUGUUUCAGCCAGGUUUUGGUUAGCAGAUUGCCAUCAAGUUCCUGAAACAGUUGGGUUGGCCACACAGCUAUAUAGGGAAUUGAUAUGUGUCCCUUACAUGGCCAAGUUUGUCAUUUUUGCCAAAACAAACGAUGCUGUGGAAUCCAAUUUGCGCUGCUUCUGUAUGACAGAUGAUAAAGUUGACAAAACGCUGGAGCAGCAGGAGAAUUUUGAAGAAGUUGCAAGAAGCAAAGAUAUUGAGGUUUUGGAAGGAAAACCCAUUUAUGUGGAUUGUUAUGGAAAUCUAGCUCCUUUAACGAAAGGAGGACAACAGCUUGUAUUUAAUUUUUAUGCUUUCAAAGAAAAUAGACUGCCAUUUUCUAUCAAGAUCAGAGACACCAGCCAAGAGCCUUGCGGCCGCUUAUCCUUUCUGAAAGAGCCAAAGACCACCAAGGGUCUGCCACAGACAGCCGUUUGCAACUUGAAUAUCACCCUGCCAGCAUAUAAAAAGGAAACAGAAUCAGAUCAAGAUGAUGAGACGGAGAAGACCGACCGCAGACAGAACUUUGUGUCCCUCGCUCUACGUAAGCGCUACAGCUAUCUGACUGAGCCUGGCAUGAUUGAACGGAGUGCCACGGCUACGAGAUCCCUACCCACCACCUAUUCCUACAAGCCAUUCUUGUCCGCAAGACCCUAUCAGUCAUGGACCACAGCACCCAUCACUGUGCCUGGACAAAGCAAAUCGGGCUUCACUUCCCUCUCCAGCUCGUCUUCUAACACACCAACCGCUUCCCCAUUAAAGUCAAUCUGGUCGGUUUCCUCUGCUUCGCCCAUCAAAUCCACGCUAGGAGCCUCCACCACAUCUUCCGUUAAAUCCGUUAGUGAUGUAGCUUCUCCAAUUAGAUCCUUUCGGACAAUCUCGCCUAUGAAAACCAUGGUCUCCCAGCCUCCCUAUAAUGUGCAAGUUACUCCCGGGUCCUUUGUCAGAGCUCCUAUCGUCACGGAAGCUGCUGGUUUGAAAGGGCUGGUGUCGGCUUCUGUGUUCCCCACUCGGACAUCUCCUGUGACCACAGCUGGGUCUCUCUUAGAGAGGUCAUCCAUUACCAUGACGCCUCCGGCCUCUCCUAAAUCUAACCUUAACAUGUAUUCUUCAGGCCUGCCAUUUAAGUCCAUCAUGACAUCAGCCUCUCCUCUCUUGUCUUCACCAUUAAAAUCGGUGGCGUCUCCUGCUAAAUCAGCAGCUGACGCUGUGUCACCCUCUAAAGUCACAAUGGCCGCAUCCCCCGUGAAACACACGGUUGGGCACACAGAGGUGGCCAUGGUGAACGGAUCCAUAUCACCUUUGAAAUACCCAUCUCCCAUCAGCUUGAUCGGCGGUCCCAAGGCCACGGCUGCCUUUCAGGAGAAGAUGGGGGUGACAGCCGCUUCCGCAAGCUGUGCCGUUAAAGCAGCCAGUGACACAGUUGAGAAAAUGCUGCCGGCGACUCCUGCAAAGCCAUUUUCUCCACUCAGGUCGCACGUGUCUUCAACUCCGUCCGCCUUUCAGUCAAUCAGAGCUCCUUCCACUGGGGUGCUCUAUGCGUCUCUCGGGUCAAUCUCAGCAACUACCUCGUCAGUAACUUCAUCAACCAUCACGGUGCCAGUCUAUUCUGUAGUCAAUGUUUUGUCAGAACCAGCACUAAAGAAGCUCCCCGAGACACCCUCCCUGGCCAAAUCAGCAGCUGCCUUGCUCUCGCCUCUUAAAACAUUGACUACAGAGACAUGCACCCAAUCUCCCUUUAACCGAACCUCCUCUCCCGUCAAAUCAUCUUUGUUCUUAGCACCCUCCGCCCUUAAGUUGUCCACACCGUCAUCUUUAUCUUCUAGUCAGGAGAUAUUAAAAGAUGUGGCUGAGAUGAAAGAGGACCUAAUGAGAAUGACAGCAAUAUUGCAGACAGAUGUAAUGGAGGAGAAGGCGUUCCAACCAGAGCUGGCCAAAGAGGGUAGAAUAGAUGAUGAAGAACCUUUUAAGCUUGUUGAGAAAGUCAAAGAGGACCUAGUCAAAGUUAGCGAGAUACUGAAAAAAGAUGUCUGUGUAGAGAAUAAAGCCUCAGCCAAACUCUCUCAGAACGAUAAAGGACACUCCUCUGAGGAGGAAUGGGUAGAGUUCAGUGCAGGUGAGAUUGACGAAGCCAGAUGCCAGGGCAUGAUCAUCCCUCCUCUGACUAUCCCAGAAAAGGUGCAGCUCAAAGCCAAGGCUGUCUCCGAAAAGGAUUACAACUUGAGCAAAGUCAUUGAUUACCUAACAAAUGACAUUGGCAGUAGCUCCCUGGCGAGUUUAAAGUACAAGUUUGAUGACGGGAGAAGGGAAGGGGAAGAGAGGCAGAAAAGGGUUCUAAAACCAGCCAUUGCACUACAAGAACAUAAACUUAAAAUGCCGCCAGCCUCCGUGAGGCCAUCCACUUCUGAGAAAGAAUUGUGUAAAAUCGCUGAUUCCCUUUUUGGAACUGACACUGUUUUGGAGUCUCCCGAUGACUUUUCCCAGCAUGAUCAAGAUAAAAGUCCUUUGUCCGAUAGUGGCUUUGAGACCAGGAGCGAGAAAACCCCUUCAGCCCCGCAGAGUGCAGAAAGCACGGGGCCAAAGCCCCUUUUCCAUGAGGUGCCGCUCCCUCCUGUGAUCACGGAGACCAGGACUGAAGUGGUGCACGUGAUCCGUAGCUAUGAACCCUCAUUGGGGGGAGAGGCCUCUGAGCCUCAUGCAGAAGAACCGCCCUCACCCAAAGUGGUCAGCACCUUUAUGGAGCUGGAGCCCCGGCCCAAUGGCGGCUCCCUGAAGGGGAAGGGGAACGCCUUUCAAGUGAAGGCCAGUAGCGAAGACGAGUGUGCCCUGGCUAAAGGUGUCCGUGUGAAAGAAGAAACCCACAUAAGUACCACCACCAGAAUGGUUUACCACAAACCCCCAUGCACUCAGAGUCCUUCAGAGAGAAUUGAGGAAACCAUGUCUGUUCACGACAUCAUGAAAGCUUUUCAGUCAGGACGGGACCCUUCCAAGGAGCUGGCAGGUCUGUUUGAGCAUAAGUCUUCGGUCUCCCCAGAGGCUGGCAAAUCCACUGAAAUGUCACCCCAGCCCGCAGAGAAGGACUACAAAAUGAAACCCAAACUGGAGCGUAUAAUAGAGGUCCAUAUUGAAAAAGGUAAUCAGUCUGAGCCUACUGAAGUCAUUAUUAGAGAAACCAAAAAGCAUCCAGAGAAAGAAAUGUAUGUAUAUCAGAAAGACUUGUCCCAAGGGGAUGUGGAAAAGCAGGAGGCCCUUCCUUGUUCGGAUGAACAAGGUCAGCCCGAAGAAGAAGAACUGACAGCCGAAGAGUCCCUGCAUUCUUAUUUGGAAUCUUCUAGAGUAAACACUCCUGUCUCCCAGGAAGAAGACAGUCGCCCUAGUUCUGCCCAACUUAUGUCUGAUGACUCGUACAAAACCUUGAAGCUUUUGAGUCAGCACUCAGUAGAGUACCAUGACGAUGAGUUGUCAGAACUAAGAGGGGAAUCUUACAGGUUUGCUGAGAAAAUGCUUCUCUCAGAAAAGCUAGAUGUGUCUUACUCAGACACCGAGGAGUCAGUUACUGACCAUGUCCCCCCCCUUAGCUCAGACUUUCAGGGGCCUGAUAAACGAUCCAGAGAAAAAAUAGCCCCAGCAUCCCCACAAGACAUCCUCACCAAAAUCUCUAAAGAGAUAUCAGAAAAUGGUGUGGGUAAAAUAUCAAAAGAUGAUCCUUAUGAGAAAGUGACAGUGUUGCAUUAUUCCGGAGAUGUUAGUAGCCCAAAGCAUGCUAUGUGGAUGCGUUUUGCCGAGAACAGAUUAGACAGAGGUAGAGAAAAGUUGAUGUAUGAAGACAGGGUGGACAGGACGGUUAAGGAGGCUGAAGAAAAGCUGACCGAAGUAUCGCAGUUCUUCCGGGACAAGACAGAGAAACUGAACGAUGAGCUGAAAUCACCAAAGAAGCAGCAGAAAAGGAAUGGGAGAGAAGCUGGUGUGGGCCUUAGAUCAGCAAGCAGCAGUCCGGAGAAGGUGACUGCUUCUGAGUCACAAAGCGACUGGGCAGGAGGAGGAGUCUGUGCUCAGGAUGGGAAGAGCUGGCCAAAACCUGAGGAGAGGAAGGCAGCCAGUUUGCCCAGCAGCCCAGAGAGGCAGAUUCUCUCUCAGCUGAGCAAAGAUUUGAAGGGAGCAGCUCAGAAAAGCAAAAUCCCAGAGACUCUGCCAACUGGGUUCCAGCUGAAGCAAUCCAAGCUCAGCUCCAUUAGGCUAAAAUUUGAACAGAGCCUAGGCUCCAAAAGUAAGGAGAUGCUUCCAGAGGAGAAAAAGCUGGAUGCGCCAUCUAAAAUCCCAGUGAAAAAGUUGCAGGACAGCAAGCUCCCAGUCUAUCAGUUUUACUCCCGAGAAAAACAGGCCAAAGAGAUAGACCUGGUGGAUGGGAACUUAGCAUUGCAGAAGGAACCUCCUGCCGGCUGCUUCCAAGAUGGCCCCAGGGGCAAAGGCAAAAUUAUUGAGGAUGCAUCUCCUCUGAAGGUCCCCAAGGCCAAGGAUGACAUUCCAAGCAAGACCGUUUCGGCCUUUGCAGAGCAAAAGGUGAAGGGCUUGGCCUAUGGUGCCAGUGCGGUGCCUGUCCCAGCCAAGGGGCACUGGGAUAAAAAGAUUUAUAGGACAUGGGAAAGUCCUGGGACAUCUUCCCCUAAAGCCCAGAGAGAAAAACUUUCCCAUGUGCUUGUGCAAGAUGUAGUCAAAGAAAACCAGAUUGACCCUCUUGAGACUAAAGAUCUGGCCAAAUCUGGUGAACUGAUCACUGUGACUGAAUAUGAGCAGAAAGUGUCCACAAAUGGAUCAGGUUCUAAGGAGGUGAAGGAAGUGAAUGUAAAGUCUCCAUCCAAAAAGGUGCUUUAUAGAGAAUACCUUGUCAGAGAAGGGGACUAUCCCAGUGAAGUGAGGGAUAGGAUUUCUAAGAGAAAAGAACCACCGAUGGCACCCCAUAUUCCAGAAAGAGUUUCAGAAGAGCAAACUAUGUUGGCAGGUGGUGUUCUUGAAGGACAGUCCCCAACUGCACGCCACGAACUGCCAACUCGCUUGCCCCACAUCAGAAUGGAUAAGGAAAAAGUAGAGGGACAAUUCGAUGGGAUGGAACCAAAGAAAGGGGUAGAAUGUAGUCCAGCCAGCGCCAGGCAACUCAGUUGCUUCCAGUUAAGUCCUCCUCACGGGGAGGCAAAGUCAUCCCCCAAUAAGACACCCGAUUCCUUAGAAGUUAGCCCAGGGAAACUGUCUCCCGCAAAGAAAUUUGACCUGAUGAAACCAUCCCCUUUAGCAACAGAGGAAGCAGCAAAGGAGAUAAAAACACUACCUGUUUAUGUCAGUUUUGUUCAGGUAGGGAGGCAGUAUGAAAGAGAGGUACAGCAAGGAACGGUCAAAAAGAUUGUAAGUCAGGAAAGUAAGACAGUGCAAGAGACGAGAGGGGGGUUCUAUACCACCAGGCAGCAGAAGCAGCUUCCCUCCCCCCAAGGUAGCCCAGAGGAUGACACCUUAGAACAGGUGUCCUUUAUGGACAGUUCUGGGAAAAGCCCCCUAACCCCAGAGACACCAAGCUCAGAGGAAGUGAGUUACGAGUUUACCUCCAAAACACCCGAUUCACUCAUUGCUUAUAUACCCGGCAAACCGAGCCCAAUCCCUGAGGUGUCGGAGGAGUCUGAGGAGGAGGCCGAAGCCAAGUCCACCUCCAUAAAACAGUCUCCCCCAAUUGAGCAAGAGCUGCCCAUUAACUUGGACAGGGAAUCUAACAAAAGGCCGAAGGGAAACCGGGUGGCCUACAUUGAAUUUCCACCACCUCCUCCAUUAGAUGCUGAUCAUUCAGAGCCAGAAAAGCCGCGUCCCUCCUCUGAGAGUGACAUGGAGCUGACAGAAGUCAACCUUCAGGAUGAACUUGAGAGGCGUCAGCUGGCUGAACCAGUCAUCCGCGUUCAGCCCCCUUCUCCUGUGCUGCCAGGAGAAGAUCUAAGCGACUCCAGCGAUGACGAGUCUUUGUAUCAGCCCGUUCCAAUUAAAAGAUACAUGUUUAAACUGAACGAUAUCGAAGAUGACCGGAAGGAGAUCACCGCACGCAAAUUCUCUGAAAUGAAGGAGACCAGAAAGCCCAAUGAAUUUGAUUUGGCUCUUGAAUCUCCCCAGAAUGAUGUGGCACCCAAUGGGAACAAUGACCAGUCAGUUACCGAGUGCUCAAUAGCGACCACCGCAGAAUUCUCCCACGAUACAGAUGCUACCGAAAUUGACUCUCUCGAUGGGUAUGACCUGCAAGAUGAGGACGAUGGGCUGACCGAGAGUGAUUCCAAGCACGCGUAUCCAGCAGUAGAAACUAAAAAAGAUAUCUGGGCUACUGAAGGCAUCUUGAAGCAGACUGAUCGGAGUUUUAGCCAAAGUAAGCUGGAAAUUAUUGAGGAGGAGGAAAAAGUCGGCUCUGAGGAAAAGAAGAAACCCUUAUCAAAAUGUCCAGCAGCUGAAAAAAAUGUCGAUAAGGCUGAACAAAAGCCGGGGGCGCAGUUCUUCACUUUGGAAGGCCGACAUCCUGAUAGGACAGUGUUUCCUGACACGUAUUUCAGUUACAAAGUAGACGAAGAGUUUGCCACUCCUUUUAAAACUAUAGCCACCAAGAGCCUAGAUUUUGACCCUUGGUCCAGUAACCGUGGAGAUGAUGAAGUCUUUGAAUCCAAAAGCAGGGAUGAUGACACCAAGCCUUUUGGCCUGGCAGUGGAAGACAGGUCUCCAGCCACCACCCCAGACACGACGCCCGCUAGGACACCGACAGAUGAAAGUACCCCAACUAGUGAGCCCAACCCCUUCCCGUUUCAUGAAGGGAAGAUGUUUGAGAUGACUCGCAGUGGUGCAAUUGACAUGAGCAAGAGGGAUUUUGUUGAAGAAAGACUCCAAUUUUUUCAGAUUGGUGAGCAUACUUCUGAAGGGAAGUCAGGGGACAAGGGGGAAGGGGAUAACAAUAAAGUCACUGCCAUCACACAGCCGCAGUCAGGGGACAAAACGGUAGAGAAAACCGUAGAGAGAGAAGUAGAAACGCCAACAGUUGAACCUAAGCUCAUCCUCCAGGCCAGUGGAGAUGGCAUGGAAGCAACACCUGGUUGUAGCUCACUGGAGAAAUCGUCCAUGGCGCUUCACGCUUCUAAAGUCGAUCCCAAAUUGCGCACCCCGAUUAAAAUGGGCAUUUCGGCUUCCACCAUGACGCUGAAGAAAGACAUGUCUGGGGAAAUGUCAGAUAAGCUAGAGACGGUGACACCAGGGACUCAGGGCUUAGACUGCGAAGCUGUAGAGGAGGUCGCAGACACGGCUGUGCUUAACCAGACCAGCAGUAGGGAAGCAGAAAAGUAUGAUUUUCCAAAAGAUAAUUUUAAUAACAACAACAAUUUGGACCCAUGCACCACACCUACCAAUCACCUUACUUGUACAGUAGUGCUAAAUGAACACUUUGAGUCCAAAUGUCCCACCCAGAAAGCUAAUCCAAUGAAACACCCUUCAGGAAACGGUCCCGGUGCAACCCAAGGAGACUGUAAGCAGAAAAGACUCAGAGAGCAGCAGGCGCCCUCCGAACCAGUUGGGAAUCGAACACGCUCCCGGCUUCCCGUAAAAGCCAAAGACGCAGUGCUGCAUAGCAUUAGCCAGACCGGCAGGGGGAGUCAUGUCAGGGAGGCUAGGCGAGUUGACCCAAGGAAGCCGUGCAGCUCUUCUCUACCCGUAGAGGGGAGGUCUAAGAUUCCCAUAAAAAACACGCAGAGGCAUAGCCUGGCCUUAGCUAGAAAAAUGCCACCAGCUCAAAGCCAAGGGCAGGUAGAGAGAAGCAAGGCCAACUCUUUUCCUUCUAAAUUACCAUUAAAGGUAAGAUCUACCACCACCACCACCACCGUCACUGCCGCAGCCGCAACAACUGUUAAAGCAAAGCAAGGUCAGCUUAGGGAGGUAUGUAAACAUUCUAUUGAAUAUUUUAAGGGAAUUAGCGGUGAGGCUUUAAAGCUUGUCGACCGACUAUCUGAUGAACAGAAAAAAAUGCCACCAGGAGUAUCUGAGGAGGUGGAGGAGGAGGAGGAGGAGGAAGAAGAAGAUAGUACCUCAAGAACCACAUCCCUGUCCGAAGCCACUCAAGUUUUCCAGCCAUCCAUUGCAACGAAGCCCGCUAGAGAUAUGAGAACAGAGGCAGCACCUUUAAAAUCAAAGAUUGAAAAGUCCGACAGUGACAGGAGGAGGAGGAUGAGGAGGAGUAAGAGAAGGACUGGUCCACAGAGCCCCUGCGAGCGGACAGAUAUAAGGAUGGCAAUUGUGGCUGAUCACCUGGGACUUAGCUGGACAGAACUGGCAAGAGAGCUGAAUUUUUCUGUUGACGAAAUUAAUCAGAUUCGAGUGGAAAACCCAAAUUCUUUAAUUGCUCAGAGCUUCAUGUUGUUAAAGAAAUGGGUUAUAAGAGAUGGAAAAAAUGCUACAACUGAUGCCUUAACUUCUGUAUUAACAAAAAUCAAUCGGAUCGACAUUGUAACUUUGUUGGAAGGACCAAUAUUUGACUAUGGCAACAUAUCAGGCACCAGAAGUUUUGCAGAUGAAAAUAAUGUUUUCCACGAUACUGUUGAUGGUUGGCAGAACGAGGCCCCCAGAGUCAAGGUGGAACCAACGUCUUCAGCACGCAGAAUAAGCGGAGAGUUGCUAAAUCGAUUGGACGACAGCCCUGGUCAAUGCAGAGAUUCUAUUACCUCAUAUAUCAAAGGGGAAGCAGGAAAACUAGAGACCAAUGGGAGCUACUCAGAACCUACAUUAGAAGCAAAAGCUAAGACUUUUGUCCAGGACUCUGUGAACAGUCUUGGAAAACAGAGCGACAAGGAAACUGUGAAACCAAAAAUGCAAAGCUCUCUCCGAACUGAGCAGCAAACAAUCUCAUUAACAUCCCACCAGAAAUCCUUGCAAGAGGCAAGCAAGCCAGCAGUUGAUACACCUAAAACCUCUGUGCCUGUUAGCAUGAAAAAGACAAGCUGGAAUAUUUCUGACAGCAGCAAGCCAAGAUCAAAAGCUCAGGAAGACGAUGGAACAGCGGCUGCGUCAGAACAAAAGCAGGGAGAAGGGUGUAAAGUGAAAAUGAAAAAAGAAGCCCGGCAUGCAGAGAAGACGACCUACUCCUAACAGCCAAACAGUGAAUGACUGUGUGCUUUUACUGCCAGUAUUCUAGAGAGAAACUCGAGGACAAAUGAAAUCAACAGGAAUGAUCAAGUCACGGACAAAAGUGUGUGUGUGUGUGUGUGUGUUUGCUGCUUCCACACAUUAACCGCAUGGUUUUUAUGUGAAGAACCACAACAAAAACACAUUUAAUUUAGCAUGAGCCAGUUCUACACGAGCAUGGAAACCCACUUUCAUUCACACCAUUAGAGAGGAUGCAGCGAGAGAAGAAGUGACGGAUGUCCAGGGUACUCCUAGGCAACGGCUUCACAGAAGCAACGCAAAGCCACGGCGGAACCAAGGAAUUCCUGUUGCAAGAGAGAUUUCAAAGGACACCGGAGAAUGGUUCAAACUACUGAAAGGCACUAAAAAUUAUUAAAAUCCACAACAGCUCGCCUUAUUUUUCUCAGACCCAAACUGUCAGGGUACUAAAAUACACCUUUUUUUUUGUUGUUUUCAUUUUUAAAAACAAAAACAAAGAAGACUAACAUUGCUUGUCUCAUUGUAAAUAACACUGUGUAAAUUCUAAAGAGAAGGAGGGGGCUGCAGGCUGAUCAGGCACUGCCUCCUAGCUCACAAACUGAAUCCUGCGUUUGCAUUGAACAGAAGUCAGUGUCUCGGAGGUCCCACUACACCUGCCGGGGUAUUCUGGGUGUAUCUUCACAGAUUCUUGUAUAUUUAGCUAUUAUAAUGUUUGUAUAUGCAAAAAGGCUAGCUUGAUUUUAAAAAAAUCUUUAAAAUCUGCUGCAAAUUUAAUGAUUCCUAAGAUGGGGAAUUCUGUAGUUCUGUGAAAUCAAGGAUUCUCUCCGGAGUACUAAUAUUUUGAUGCAUGCGUUCCGCCUUAUUUUGAUGAACUCUUUUCCAGUUUUGCAAAUAUAUUAGAUUGCGACGUGAGAGACGGGAUCCUGGGGCGCAGUUCAUCAAGCACAGCUGCUGAGGAAGGCCUCCUCAUUUCUGCUUGCAGUGGGUGGAGGAUCGAGGUCGCCUGGGCAGGGCGGCUAUUCAGGAGCAGGGCUGCUUGUGGAAGCCUAUCCAUAACCUCUAAACAUAAAGCCCCUCAUCUAAUGUUUGUUGCUCUUGCCAGUUUUUCUGCUGGAAAUGAUCUCAAACUUAAACAGAAACCAUAACAUAUACAGUAGUUGCUUUUGCGGAGGGGGGGGUGCUACCUGUCCUGCUUUCCACUGGGGGGAAAUGCUUGCAGCUUUCGGCAGUUUGGGGUGAUGCUCUUGGAAGCCCCAGUGGGGGAUAUUUAAAAAAAAAGAGGGGGGGAAAGGAAGAAAGAGAAUUUCUUAGCUAACAAGAGUGACAGCACGCUGUAAAAAUAUUACUAUAUUGUGUACUGGCUCUAAGAUGUAGAAUCUUUCAGGAAGCCAAUCAUGUGUAAUCAUCCUAGCAGAUUAAUAUUAGGUUGUUAAGGCUGCUGUGUUUUAAAGGGCAUUUUUAUUUGGGUUUUUGGUGAAAUACUUUUAAUUUGUUAAUUAUCUUCAUAUGGAAACAGGAUUUGUUGAUAAUAGCUCUACUUACAUAUGUAUGAAAAAAACCCCCACCAACACUGGAUGAUCUAGUUGAUAAUUUAAGCAUAAAAUAAAUUGUGUUAAAACACUUCAAUGA